AUGAUCGUUUCAAUGUUAGGAUUAGAACCCACUAGCCCACUACUUUAUUUGGUUUGGACAGCCAGAAAAAACCCGAGGCAAUUUCAACUGGCUAUUCUUAUGAAAAUACGAGCCCUGGUCACAGACAUUUUACUUGACGUGAAAACGUCGAUGUCUCGAGAGUGA